GCAGCAUCAAUGAGUGAUGAAUCAGUGCCAAUGGUCCUAUUUCUCUGGAAGUGUACCGUCUGGACACCUGUGACCAUGGCUCUCUAGUCCUCGUGUGACCUUGUUGUUUGAGCAUCUGUCCGAGUUGGCAAAUCAUGGCCAGCAUGGUGGUCCAACUCCUUGGCUUCUUCUUGGGGCUGUUGGGGUUUGCAGGAACUGUUGUUGCAACUCUGCUCCCCCACUGGCGCAGCACAGCCUACAUGAGCUCCAACAUCACCACCGCCAACGCCUAUAUGAAAGGCCUGUGGAUGGAGUGUGUAUGGCACAGUACCGGCAUUUACCAAUGUGAGCUGUACAGAUCUCUACUCGCACUGCCACGCGACCUGCAGGCUGCCCGGGCGCUCAUGGUGCUUUCCUGCGUCACAUCUGUCCUGGCAUCUCUGCUGUCUGUGUUGGGGAUGAAGUGUACCCGCUUCGCCCGUGACUCGUUAAUCAAGUCUCCCCUGCUGCUAAGUGGGGGGGUUUGCUUUCUCUGUGCGGGCCUGCUCUGCCUGAUCACCGUGUCUUGGACCACUAACGAUGUCAUCAUGGAUUUCUACGACCCCUUCCUUCCCAGCGGCCUGAGGUAUGAGAUCGGCUUGGCCGUGUACCUCGGUUACGCAUCAGCCUGCCUUAGUCUGACUGGAGGAUUGGUGCUCUGCUGGAGCAGCAGUGUUGGCAGGUCACAGAGGCCCCGCCAUAUGCAGAGAAAUCAACCAUUAUCACCUUUCCCUGCCUUCAACAACAUAUACCCUCCUGCCCCACUCUACAAGCCCCCCGAGGCCCUGAAGGACAGUCAUGCUCCUUCCCUUUGCUCCCUUUCCAGCAGUGGCUAUAGGCUCAAUAACUACGUCUAACUCUAGGAAACCCAAAAACUGCAAAACCAUGGGGCUAUUAUGGAUGAAAAAGAUACUGCAUAGACCAAAACAGUCAACUAAAAAUGUCUCCAAUAAUUGUUAAUAUAUCCUAACAAGUAUUUAGCCUCCUCUGUACCAUAAUAGAAGUUAAAAAAAACAAUCUUUUACAUCACCAUGUUUGACCAAAAAUCUGAUUUUUAAAGGAUUUCACAAUUUGACACACUGCUCAGGCUUUCCUCUAACUUCAACAGGACCGGGCCUGAAAACCUAACAAAACGUACAGUGUGUGAGAAACAACAGAGACCUCAAACCUGUUGACCUCCUGCUAUGUACCUGAAGGACCAGAAGGUGGCAAUAUUUUACUGCAGAUUGACUCAGAAGAGACUGUAAACAUACUGUAAGACACAUGUUUAUGGAUCUGCUGUUUUUCUGUCACUUCCUUGCCGUAGCCUACUUUCUAGUUGGGGUUAAUUUUUUCUCAAAGCCAAUUCAAAUAUAAUAUUUAUUUUAAAGGGUAAUGGAUGAUACCUUAAGUCAGUAUUCAGUAUUUCCAUGCCAAAAAAAAUAAA